AUGUGCAACAGAAAAUUUUUAUUUUUAUUAUCAUUAUCAUCAUUAUCACAAUAUUUAAUCACCACCAUCAAUGUACAUGCACAAUAUCGUCCACAAUGGCCUAGUCCUUAUGUACAACGUGAAAUAUUUGUAUUAAAUCUUGAAGAUGGUUAUUUUGGUUGCCAAGUGAAUGAAUCGACAGAUUUUUUACAAUUAUUUGAAUUAUCUAAACUAUGUGAUGGUAUACCUCAAUGUUUUCAAGGUUCUGAUGAAGUUUCAUUAGAAUUGAAAUGUAAUGAUCGUAAUCAAUGUACAAAAUGCAUAAACGAUAAUUGUCAUCCAAAACAAUCUAAAUGUACAAAUGGCGUAUGCCUUGAUCAUCUUUGUUAUUGUAAUGAUGGAUUUGGUGGCAAAAGUUGUGAUAUACCAGAUGAAAAUGAAUGCAAAUAUCGACCAUGUGAUGUAUUUGCCCAUUGUACAAACACAAUGGGUAGCUAUUAUUGUUCAUGUUUUCCAGGAUAUGAAGGCGAUGGAUUCUCAUGUAAAGAUAUUAAUGAAUGUGAAAUACCAUCAUUGGCUGCAUUAUGUGGUGAAAAUGCUGAAUGUUGUAAUCUACCUGGACAUUUUGUCUGCAAAUGUCAAUCAGGUUUCACUGGUAACGCAACUAUUGCUUGUAUGGAUAUUGAUGAAUGUCAAGAUGGAGGAUACUGUGGCCAGAAUGCUAUUUGUACCAAUAUACCUGGUAGUUAUUCAUGUGAAUGUGCCAAUGGUUUUGUUGGCGACCCAUCUAUUGAAUGUUUAGAUUUGAAUGAAUGUGAAAAUAAUCCAUGCGGAUCUGGUGCAAUCUGUACAAAUACUGUCGGCAGCUUUGAAUGUUCAUGUCCAGAAGGUUAUCAUAAUAACAAUAUUACCGCACUUGGUGGUGGUUGUAUCGAUAUAGAUGAAUGUCAAAAUCCAUUAAUAUGCGGUUCAAAUGCUGUUUGUAUAAAUAUUCCUGGUAGUUUUGUCUGUGAAUGUGGAUCCGGAUUCACUGGCAAUCCAAAAACACAAUGUGAAGAUAUUGAUGAAUGUCCGUCGGCUUCAUGUGGUGUUGAUGCAAUAUGCAUAAAUAAUAUUGGAAGCUAUAGUUGUCAAUGUAAGCCUGGUUUCACUGGAACUCCAUAUCAUUCGGCUGGUUGUUUAGAUAUCGAUGAAUGUCGACAAGAAAAUCUUUGCGGACCAAAUGCUUUAUGUUAUAAUAAACCAGGAUCAUAUGAAUGCAAAUGUUCAACAGGUUAUACAGGAAAUCCUAUUCGUGGCUGUAAAGAUAUUGAUGAAUGUUCAACGAAUCCUUGUGGACCGAAUGCAAAGUGUUUGAAUACGAUUGGUUCAUUUCAAUGUCAAUGUCCGGAUAAAUAUCUAGCUCGUGAUGGUAAUGCUGAAUUAGGUUGUGAUCGUACCGCUGUCGAUGUUUAUUGUAUAGAACAAUCCGAUUGUACGGCCAAUGCUAUUUGUAUUGAUGGUAAUUGCCAAUGUAAAUCUGGUUAUCGAAUCGAUGGAAUAAUGUGUAUCGAUGUUGAUGAAUGUCGAACAAACAAAAAUGUUUGUGGUAAAGGUGCAACCUGUAUAAAUUUAGAUGGUGGUUAUGAAUGUUUUUGUGAAUUUGGCUACGAAAAAAUUCAACAAUCAGCGAAAAGCAAAUGUCAAGAUAUUGAUGAAUGUGUUCGUAUUCCAUAUCCUUGUGGUGAAAAUUCCGUAUGUAUCAAUCAGGAUGGCCAUUUCAAAUGUUCAUGUAAAGAAGGUUUCAUUGGAAAUGCAACAAGUGGAUGUCAAUCUCCUUGUGAUUCAGUACAAUGUGGUCAAUAUGCAACCUGUCACGUUAAUGGUCAAGAAGCUGCCUGUGUUUGUGAUCCAGGAUUUACUUUUAAUCCGAGCAAUAUCAGCGCCGGAUGUUUGGAUAUUAAUGAAUGUGAUGUUGAUCAUGGUCCUUCAGGUCUCUGCGGACAAGGUGCUGUCUGUACGAAUAUUAUUGGAAGUCAUCAUUGCCACUGUUCCCCUGGUUUUAGUGGGGAUCCUUUCCGUUAUUGUGAAGAUAUGGAUGAAUGUGAUCGUCGAUAUGGGCAAUAUGGAAAGUGUGGUGAAAAUGCCAUCUGUACAAACCUUAUGGGAAGCUAUUCAUGUUCUUGUCCAUCCGGAAUGACCGGUAAUGCACAUGAAUCCUGUCAAGAUAUUGAUGAAUGCUCGUUAGCGUUUGGUGCAAAUGGAAAAUGUGGAUUUUCAGCCAUAUGUUCAAAUUCUUUCGGUAAUUUUAGCUGCCGUUGUCCACCCGGAAGUUAUGGUGAUCCAAAAAUACGUUGCUUUCUGGAACAAACCUGUUCAAAUGAUAAAGAUUGUCAAGGAAAUUCGAUAUGUAAACAAGAAAAAUGUUAUUGUCCACCGCCUUUUUUUGGUGAAAAUUGUAAACAUCCAUGUGAUGAUCUAUUCUGUGGUGAGCAUGCCAAAUGUCAAUUGGAUCGUCACGGAAAUCCAGUUUGUUCAUGUAUUGAUGGUUAUACUGGCAAAAGUAAUAGUCUUCCUGGCUGUGUCGAUUUGGAUGAAUGUGCCAACAAUAAUCCUUGUGGAAAAUUGGCCGUCUGUCGUAACACUCCUGGAUCUUUUGAAUGUCUGUGUACGCACGAUUAUCGUGGCGACCCAUUCAUUGAAUGUCUAUUGGAAGGCAAAGAUCGUAUCGAAUGUAAUGAUAAUUUAUCCUGUCCACCAAAUGAAGAAUGUAUUUCAGCGCAUAAUAUAAAUCAAUGUGUAUGUCAACGUGGCUAUGUUCGUGAUUUGGUUACGGAAUCCUGUCGUGAUGUUAAUGAAUGUAGUGAAUCAAAAAAAUCACCAUGUGGAACGAAUGCAUUCUGUAUGAAUCUUGAUGGUGGCUAUACAUGCCAUUGUCCUGAUGGGUUAACUGGCAACGCAUAUUCAUUGUGUUAUCCCGAUAUAAUCGAAUGCAAUGAUGAUAAACAAUGUCCCGGUAAUACGGCUUGUAUUAACGAUAUUCAAUAUGGUGUUCAUUGUGGCUGUAAAGAUCCAUAUGUUCGUGAAGGCGAUUAUUGUAUUAUGACUAGCCGAAAUUGUUCGAAUGCUAAUCCAUGUCCACAGAAUCAAGAAUGUAUGAUGACCAGUUCAGGAUUUGGUUUCUGUAUCUGUCCAAAAGGAUUUACAUUGGAAGCUAAUGGAUUCUGUCGCGAUAUCGAUGAAUGUACAGAAAUGCAAGAAUUUAAUCUUUGUGGAUCAAAUUCCGAAUGUAUUAAUCUACCCGGUGCUUAUGAAUGUCUUUGUCGUGUUGGCUAUACUGGUAUCGGUAAAGUUGGCUGCGAUCGUAUUGUUCAACAUUGUCAAUCCAAUACUGAUUGCGAACAAAAUUAUCAAUGUCGAAAUCAUUCGUGUGAAUGUUCAUCACCGUUCAUUUUUGAUGGUCAAUCAUGUCGACAUCCAUGUGAUUGGAAACAAUGUGGCCAAAAUGCUGAAUGUAUUUUCGACAAAGAUGAAGGAACACAUUGCCAAUGUAAGCCUGGUUGUAUAGGAAAUCCAAAUGAAGGAUGUCAUGAUAUAAAUGAAUGUACAUCAUUGCUGCCAUUAGAUCCUAAUGGUCCUUGUGGAGCCAAUGCUGUUUGUAUCAAUCUAUUGGGAAGUUAUCGUUGCGAAUGUUCUGAUGGUACUGGCAAUGCUUAUGAAUCUGGAUGUCAAGGAUCAUCAAUAUGUCAAUCAAAUGAUGAUUGUCCAAAUGAUACGAUUUGCAACAAAGAGCUCAAUGUUUGUAUCGAUGCUUGCAAUCAGGCUAUUUGUGGACCAAAUUCCUAUUGUAUCGGCAUCAAUCAUACAGCUAUCUGCCAAUGUACUGCCGGCUAUUCUGGUGAAGGAAAUGAUCUAGUUAAAGGGUGUUUAUCACCUUGUAGUAAUCUUCAUUGUGGCCUUAAUGCCCAUUGUAUUGUGAACACACAAAAUCAACCAGUUUGUCGAUGCCGAAAUGGAUUUUAUGGUAAUCCUUGGGCCGGGGGUGCUUGUAUGCCGGAAAUUAAAUGUUCGAAUCAAUUACCAUGUCCAUCGGAUCAAAUUUGUAUUAAUCACGUAUGUAUCGAUAGGAUACCACCGUUGCUAACACCACCGACAUGUUAUCCUGGUUGUGGUCUCAACAGUCAUUGUGCUUACGAUACGCCGAAUAAAUGCGUCUGCAAUAGUGGAACUAGCGGAAAUCCAUAUAUCGCUUGUACGACGAUUCCUCGAUGUGAUAGGAUUCGUUGUGGUACCGGCGCUAAUUGUUUGGAAAGUGCAACAAGUGUUGAAUGUGUUUGCGCAGCUGGGUUCCAUGGUAAUCCAUAUAUUGCCUGUGAAGAUGUUAAUGAAUGUUUACAAGAUCUUUGCGAUAAUCAUCAUGGAAAUAUUUGUGGCACAAAUGCCAAUUGUAUCAACGUUAUCGGCAGUUAUCAAUGUGUCUGUCGAUCCGGUUAUGUGGGUAACCCUUUGUUUUCAUGCCAAUUGCCAAAAAAACCUGGAUAUGAAAAUCAAAUCAAUGGUGUUGGUAUUUCCUGUUCGACAACUUCAAAUUGCCCACCAAACACUGUAUGUUUCCGUGGUAUUUGUGUGCAACCAAACCGAUGUAUUGAAGAUUCUAAAUGUGAUAGUAACAAUGUAUGUGCUCUAGUCAACCAGGAAAUUGGAUUUCAAUGUAUCGAUCCAUGUGACACAACCCAAUGUGGCCCGAAUGCAUUCUGUUUUACUAUUGAACAUAAACCAAAAUGCCUUUGUAUCGAUGCUCAUUCUGGGGAUCCAAAUGAUCUGGAAAUUGGUUGUUCACCAAGUGCUGCUGAAAUUCGUUUACCAUCAACUUGUGAUCAUGAUGAUGAAUGUCAAUCGAAUUUUGUUUGUAAACAUAUACCAUCACGAUCAGAUUCAAAACAAUGUGUCAGUGUCUGUGAUAUCAUAGAAUGCGGUCCAAAUGCUCAUUGCAUUGCACGAGAACGACGACGACCAGAAUGCGUUUGCCAUGAAGAUUUUGAAGGAAAUGCAUAUGAUCUAAUCAAAGGAUGUAGUCCCCACGCUUGUACAGAUGAUGGUGAUUGUAAACAGGAUGAAAUAUGUUCAUCAUAUUCACAAGGAUAUCGUGAAUGUGACAAUGUUUGUAAAGAUUUUCAAUGUGGUAUCAAUAGUGUUUGUCGUGGUCGCGCACAUCAAGCAUAUUGUGAGUGUCGGCCAAAUUUUGCCGGCGAUCCAUAUGAUGGAAAAAUUGGCUGUCAACCAGUUCAGCUUACUUGUUCGGAUGAUAAUAGCUGUGCUGAAUUUCAAGCUUGUCGACGUGUAUUGACUGGUCUUCGAAAUUGUACUGAUGUUUGUGAUAAUAUUCGUUGCGGACAAAAUGCUCGUUGUGUUGGCCGUGCUCAUCAAGCUGUUUGUGAAUGUUUACCUGGUUUCAGUGGGGACCCUCCCACACGACAAUGUCAAACACCAAGCCAACAUCUUUGUCAACGUGAUGAACAAUGUCCGGUGGAUAAAAAAUGUGUGCUGACCACCGAAAAUGUAAAAGAUUGUGUGGAUAUUUGUUUCAAUCAUAUUUGUGGCAAAGGUGCAUAUUGUGUUGCAAAAAAUCAUCGGCCCCAUUGUGAUUGUAUGGCUGGCUAUACACGUAUAUCGGGUGAUUCUAACGGUGCUACCUGUGCGCCAAAUAUUUGCCAAACAAAUCGAGAAUGUCGUAAUGAUCAAAUCUGCACAAUCACUCGUAAAGGUAUACUGGAUUGUGUCGAUGUUUGCGAAUCAAUCAAAUGCGGUCCGAAUGCCGAAUGUAUUGCCAUCGAUCAUACAGCCACAUGUAAAUGUAAGAAAUCUUUUUUUGGAAAUCCUGAAGAUUUAUUCCGCGGUUGUGUUCCAAAAGAUCGUUGCACAUCAAAUACCGAUUGCAAUACUGAACAAGUAUGUCAUCUAAAUGAGUAUGGUGUCAAAUCCUGUGUGGAUGGAUGUUCGGUAAAUGUUUGCGGUCCAAAUGCUAUUUGUUUGACCAAUGAACAUUUCGUUACCUGUACCUGUCCAGAUGGUUUUACUGGUCGUGCUAGUGAUCAAAAUGGUGGUGGCUGUUAUCGAAUCACUAAUGAAUGUUUCAAUGAUGAAAAUUGUCCAUCCAAUGCAAUCUGUGUACAAGGUCCAGAAGAUAUUAAUAUAUGUCAAGAUCCAUGUAAACAAUUUUUAUGCGGUGAAAACGCUAUCUGUUCGUCAUUGAAUCAUCGCGCACAUUGCGCGUGUUUGCCCGGUUUCAGUGGAGAUCCAUUCCAUAUGUGCUAUAAUCCGGAUGAAUGCAAAUUAGAUAUCGAUUGUCCAAACGAUAGUGUUUGUAAAUUUGAUCAAAUUACCAGCACACAUAAAUGUGUCAACGUUUGUCUUUACAGUGAAUGUGGCAAAAAUGCACUGUGUAAAACACAUAAACAUAAAGCACAAUGUUUUUGCCAAUCAUCAUUUGAUGGUGAUCCAUAUGAUCUUAUUCAUGGUUGCCAUAUACCGGUCAUCAAUAAUCUAUGCCAGAAUGAUUUUGAUUGUAAAUAUAAUUACAAAUGUUUACCUACCCGUUCCGGAAUCAAUGAUUGUAUCGAUGUCUGCACCACUGUUCAAUGUGGGCCAAAUUCUAAAUGUCAAAUACAUAAUCAUGAUGCUACCUGUGAAUGUAUUCCCGGUUAUGUUGGCUCUGCUACUGAUCUCGCCAUCGGUUGUAUUAAACAAGAUCACGAUGAAUGUAAUGAAGAUAUUGAUUGUAUCAAUGGAUCCGAUGUUUGUAAAGCAUUGAAUAAUGGUGUUAAAAAAUGUUUCAAUGCUUGUCAAUUUAUCACCUGUGGAACUGGAUCAAUAUGUGUGGCAGUUGAACAUCGUGCCUAUUGUGAUUGUAUGGAAGGAUUUGUACGUGAUCAGAAUCAGAUCUGUAUACCACGUAAAGAUGAAUGUGUUUCCGAUCAUCAAUGUCCAGCAUUAUCAACUUGUAAAACGAAUGUUCUUGGCAUACGACAAUGUGCCGAAGCUUGUAUUGAUUUCACUUGUACGCCGAAUUCACGAUGUGUGGCCAUGCAUCAUAAAGAACAAUGUCAAUGUGAACCAGGUUUUACUGGCGAUCCACUUAGCCGUACUGGUUGCGUCCAAAUUUCAUUACAUCAAUGCAACAAUGACAAUGAUUGCUUAUCGUCCAAUGAAAUAUGUUUAGCUGAUCAACAUGGUAUUCGAAAAUGUGUUGAUGGAUGUUUGAAAUUCGAAUGUGGUAAACAUGCCGUAUGUGUGAUUGAAAAUCGUGCACCUGAAUGUCGUUGUCCAACAAAUGGUCAUUUUGUUGGCAAUCCAUAUGAUCGUAAUAAUGGCUGUAUACGUGUCGAAUGUAUUACCGAUAAAGAUUGUGCAGAUGAUAAAGCUUGUUCAACACACAAUCAUUGUUAUGAUCCAUGCAUCAAUGGCUGUGGUCAGAAUGCUGUUUGUAUUUCACAUUCUCAUUAUGCUCAUUGCAAAUGCUUAUCUGGUUUUACUGGAGAACCUUAUGGAAUCGGUUGUUCGUUGGUUCGAUUAUGUGAUUCAAAUCCUUGCCAUGAAAUGGCUUAUUGUAAUGAUACACUUGGAUCGUUAACAUGUACAUGUACUUCCGGUUUUAUUGGUAACCCAUAUUCCAAAGAUAUUGAUGGCUGUAAACAUCCUAAUGCAUGUCCACGUGGAAAUAUUGAUUGUUCACCAAAUUCAGUGUGUAUGCCUGAUGCUACUGGAUUAUUUUUAUGUAAAAAUCCAUGUGACCAAAUCGAAUGUGGACCGAAUUCUGUUUGUCAGAUACGUGAUCAACAACCAAAAUGUCAAUGUUUGGACAAUUUCAACGGCCAACCAAAUUCAUUUGGAUGUUCACGAAUUCCAAGAUUUUGUAAAACAAAUCCUGAUUGUGCCGACGAUAGCCAAGAAUGUAUUGAUGGUCAAUGUCGAUUUGUUUGUACGCUUGAUAGUGAAUGUGCUGAUGGUGAGAAAUGUGUCGAUAAUUUCUGUGUAAAAGCUUGUAUCGUCCAUGAUAGUUGUUCACCGAAUGAAGCCUGUGUAAGCAAAGGUUAUUGUAAUUUUGGAUGCCGUGACAAUAUUGAAUGUCCAGCGGAUCAAGCUUGCAUCCAGAAUCGUUGCCAGAAUCCAUGUGAAAUCAAAAAUAUUUGUGGCAACAAUGCAUUAUGUGCCAUUCAAAGUCAUAAUCUUACCUGUUUUUGUCCAGAGAAUUUCGAAGGCAACCCAGAUCCAAUUAUGGGAUGUAAACGAAAAUAUUAUCAUUGUUCUAGCGAUAUGGAAUGUCCUUUUGGAUUAGUAUGUGCCAAUAAUAAAUGUCGACCAAAAUGUAACGAUUGUGUGGAUGGAGAAAAAUGUAUUGCCGAUGCUUGUUUUCAAACAUGUUCCAGUGAUAUUAAUUGUCCAGCCGGUGAAGUUUGUAUCAAUCAUGUCUGCAUUACUGGAUGCCGUUCAAAUGCCGAUUGUACAUUGAAUCAAAUCUGUGCCAAUACCCUUUGUUCUUGUAUACCUGGAUUCGAAUAUAUUGCCGGUGUUGGAUGUGUAGAUAUUGAUGAAUGUCUUACUGAACCUUGUCAUCCUACUGCUAUAUGUGAAAAUGUACCUGGAAGUUAUAGAUGCUCAUGUCGUGAUGGAGAAAUUGGAGAUGGAUGGACUGGAUGCCAAAAUCCUGGUGAAUGUCCUAGAGGUGAUAUUGAUUGUCCAUCGAAUGCUGCCUGUCGAAGUAAUCAAAAUGGUGGACUAUCGAAAUGUGUAAAUCUUUGUUCCUAUCAGCCAUGUGGACCGAAUUCAUUGUGUAAUGUUGUUGAUCACAAAAUUCAAUGUAAAUGUCCAGAAGUUGGCUUAUACAGUGGCGAUGCUUUCAAUCAUCAAAUUGGCUGUCAAGCAGUUGAAUGUCUUCACGAUUCAGAUUGUCCAUCCGAUAGACAAUGUCGUAAUUUUGUCUGUGAAAAUGCUUGCGAUCAGGUCGAUUGCGGCCCUCAUGGAUCAUGUAUCAUACGUGAUCGUCAAGCUAUUUGUCGUUGUGAAAUUGGAUUCGAAAACAAUGGAUUAUUAAAUUGUGUCGACAUAAAUGAAUGUCAUCUUCAUCCUUGUCAUAAUACAGCAAUUUGUGAAAAUAUACCCGGAAGUUAUGGCUGUAAAUGUCCAACAAAUCUGGUUGGAAAUGCUUACGAACAUCCUGGCUGCCAUGAAUCAGAUGUUUGCUACAAUGGUGAUGAUGAUUGUCCCGAUUCUUCUACCUGUAUAAUGGUUGCCGGUGUGCCAAAAUGUCGUGAUCGAUGUAAUGAUCCAACAAUUUGUGGAAUGAAUUCCAUUUGUAUGACCAUACAUCAUCAACCUAAAUGCUCAUGUCCAAAAUUUUUUUUUGGAAAUCCAUUAGAACGUUGUGAACGUGUCGAAUGUACUGGCAGUUUGGAUUGUACAAAUGAAACGGAUAUUUGUUUUGAAAAUCAUUGUGUUAAUGUUUGUCUUUCACCUACUGUGGCUUGUGGUGAAAACGCUUAUUGUGUUCCACAAAAACAUAGCUACAGCUGUAAAUGUGCCGAUGGAUAUUUUGGCGAACCAAUUGCUGGCUGCCGUAAACGUUUAGCUUGCGAUUCAGAUGAAGAUUGUCCAUUUUCUGAAUUCUGUCAUAUGGAUCAUUUUUGUCGUAGUUCCUGUGCUAGCCAUCGUGAUUGUAAUCAAAAUGAAAAAUGUGAAAUGGGCAAAUGUAUUCAAAGCUGUAAAAAUGAUUUUGAUUGUUCAUCCGAUUAUUACUGUGUUGAAUGGCGAUGCAUACGACGUAUUGAAAAUCGUUGUAACAAUGACAAUGAAUGUGGUGAAUAUGCCGCCUGUCGUGCUGAUGAUACUGGUGGUUUUAAUGAUUGUAAAGAUCCAUGUGAAAAUACUAUUUGUGGCCGUAAUUCUCAAUGUAAAGUUAUCAAUCAUUCUCCAAUCUGUGAAUGUUUAUCAGGAUUUUUUGGCAAUCCCAAUGAUGAACGAUUUGGUUGUCGUCCUAUUGAAUGUUCAUCACAUCAAGAAUGUAAAACGAAUCAAGCCUGUUCAAAUCAUAAAUGUAUUGAUCCAUGUAAACAACAAAACAGUUUUAUUUGUGGUAAAAAUGCAUAUUGUAGUUCGGAAAAACAUUCGGCAAUUUGUCGAUGUUUCGAUGGAUUUGAAGGUGAUGAUCCGAUCGUUGGCUGUCAACGUAUUGAUUAUUGUAGUAAAAAAGUUUGUCAUCCAACCGCCAUCUGUAUCAAUAAACUUUCCGGUUAUGAAUGUAUGUGUCCAAUAGAUAAAAAUAUUGGUUCACCAUUUGAAGAACCUGGAUGUCGUGGUCCUAAUGAAUGUCCAAACGGAAAUUCCGAUUGUCCACCUAAUGCUGUUUGUGAGCUUAAUUCAUCACGUGGUCUAUUGAUGUGCCAGAAUCCAUGUGAACGGGAUGAUAGUUGUGGAAUCAAUGCUCUAUGUACUGUAUCGAAUCGACAACGAAUCUGUAAAUGUCCAGAUGGAUUUCAAGGAAAUCCAAAAGAUACAAGACGUGGUUGCCAACGUAAUCUGAUUGAAUGUCAAAAUGAAAAUCAAUGCCCCAUUGGAACGAUUUGUGAUAUUGGAAAAUGUCGGCCACAAUGUGCAACGAACAAAGAUUGCGCUAAAAAUGAACAAUGUUUCGAUCAUCGUUGUCUGCUUCGAUGUUUCAGUGAUCAAGAAUGUUCAGACGGUGAAAUAUGUAUGAAUAAUCGAUGUCAAGCUGGUUGCCGCAAUGAUAAUGAAUGUUCAAUGAAAGAAGCAUGUAUAUUGAAUAGUUGUAAGAAUAUGUGCGAUACACCGAUUGCUUGUGGUGCGAAUGCUUUAUGCACAAUGGUGGCUCAUCAACCAAUUUGUUCAUGCAAAUAUGGGUUUACUGGUGAUUCAAAAAUGGGCUGUAUUCGUAUCAUGCGGAUGUGUUUAUCGCCGAUUGAUUGUCCGGAAAAUCAUAUCUGUAUUGAUGGUCGUUGUAAAUCGCUUUGUUUGGCCGAUAAAGAUUGUGCUAUUGGAGAGAAAUGUUUCAGUGGUCAUUGCGUUCUACUUUGCCGUCAUGAUAAUGAAUGUCUGACAACACAUGAAAUUUGUAACGCUAAUCGUUGUCAAACUGGUUGCCGUAACAAUAAUCAAUGCGCUGGACAUUUGGUAUGCACUCGAAAUCAAUGUAUCGAUCCAUGUGAAGGUUCAGCAGCAUGUGGACCGAAUGCUAUUUGUAGUGUCGUGAAUCAUCGAAUAUCCUGUUCCUGUCCGAUAAAUUUUGUCGGUCGUCCAUCUGCAAAUGUUGGCUGUAUGCGUGAAUCAAUUUCCUGUCAAUCGAACACUGAUUGUCAUGAUGCCGGAUUGAUUUGUACGAAUAAUCAAUGUCGACAAGUUUGUUCGGCCAAUAAAGAUUGUGCCGUUGAUGAACGCUGUGUGAGUGGCCGUUGUCAUAUUCAAUGUACCAAAGAUCGUGAAUGUCCGACAAGUGAAAUUUGUCUGCAUAAUUUCUGUAAUGUUGGCUGUCGUUCCGAUGCGGAUUGCGCAUCGACGGAAACCUGUAUGAAUAAUUUCUGUAUGGAUAUUUGUGCAAGUCCAACUGCUUGUGGUACGAAUGCCAUUUGUUCGGUUCAUAAUCAUGAAAAGAUUUGUUCAUGCAAAGAAGAUACGAUUGGUAAUCCUUUCGUUGAAUGUGUGCGUCAAUUUGUUAGCUGUGAUCAACAAACAGGUGGUGGUUGCGGAAUUGGACAAAUUUGUGAAUCAUCAUAUUGUUUUGCUCAAUGCAAUCGUGAUCAAGAUUGUUACAAUAAUGAACGAUGUUUGAAUGGUAUUUGUAGUACGAUUUGUACUAAUCAUGAUGCUUGUCCACGUGGAUUUGUCUGUGAAUUUGGUCAACAACAAUGUACGCCUGGUUGUCGUCAAGAUUCCGAAUGUUCAACUACCGAUAUUUGUAUCAAUCGUAAAUGUAUCAAUGCCUGUCAUAAUCCAACAUCAUGUGGUCUUGGUGCCCAAUGCAUUGCUGUCAAUCAUCUUGCUCAAUGUUCAUGUAAUGCUCAGCAAACUGGAAAUCCAAAAAUUGAAUGCAAACAUAUAGACUGUUUAAUCGAUAUCGAUUGUAAUGAUGGAGAAAUUUGUCAAAAUUAUAAAUGCCAACCAGGAUGUCGAUCCGAUUCUGGUUGUUCAUCCAGUGAAAGUUGUAUCAGCUUACAAUGUGUUGAUCCUUGUAUGUUUGCUGAAGUUUGUGGUGAGAAUGCCAUAUGUCAGACUAUUGAUCAUCAACCAUAUUGUUCUUGUCCUUCUUCUAAUUAUGAUGGAAAUCCAACCGUACGAUGUAUGCUUAAACAACAAGAAGAAUUAUCAUGUCGAUCAUCGAACGAUUGUCCAAUGGAUAGUUCCUGCAUCCAUCAACGAUGUAUUCGAAACAAUGAAUGUAGUAAAGAUAAAGACUGCUCUAUAGGCAACAUUUGUAUACAAGGAAAAUGUUUUGCCGGAUGUCGUCGAGAUGAUGAUUGUCCAUUGGAUAUGGCCUGUCAAUCACAACAAUGUCAUAAUCCAUGCAACACUCGUGGUGCUUGUGGUAACAAUGCCAUUUGUCAGCCCUUUAAUCAUCAUGCAAAAUGUUUUUGUUCCGCUGACCAUAUUGGUCAUCCUGAAACUGAAUGUUUACCAUUACCGUUAUGUCGUAAAAAUGAUGAAUGCCCUAUUGGUUAUCUUUGUCAAUCAAAUAAAUGUGUUCAAUCGAUUGGAUGUGUUUCGGAUAAUGAAUGCCGUAUGACGGAAAUCUGUUUGAAUAACCGUUGCACAGAAGGCUGCCGUUCCAAUAGUGAUUGUUCAUUCAAAAUGGCCUGUAUUAAUUAUCUAUGUCAAAAUCCAUGCUCAAUGAAAACGUGUGGUCCUAAUGCUAUUUGUAUUUCCAUCAAUCAUGAAGCUGUUUGUAGAUGUCCAGAAGGAUUUAUCGGCGAUGGUUAUCAAGGUUGUCGAAUUCAACAAAAUGAUUGCCACGUGGAUAAAGAUUGUGGUAUUGGCAAAAUUUGUAUCUCUAAUCGUUGUAUUAUUGGUUGCCGUAACGAUGAUAAUUGUCCAUUCGAAAAAACUUGCUAUAAUCGAAAAUGUAUUGAUCCAUGUUCAUUGGAACAAAUUUGUGGUGUAAAUUCAUUAUGUCGACCAGCAAAUCAUAAAGCCGAAUGUUUUUGUCAGCCAAAUUAUAUUGGCGAUGCUAAAGUUCAUUGUGUGGAAAGCAAACAAAAACUAGAAUUAUAUGAAUGUUCUGAUGAUGUUGGAUGUGGUCCAGGAAAAGUUUGUGAACAUCAUUAUUGUGUCGAUAUCAUUAAGCAAUGUCUCUAUGAUAAUAACUGUCAUCCGGGAGAAAUUUGUGACCAAGGAAAAUGUAUUAGUGGAUGUCGCCGUGAUUCAGAUUGCACAUUCGAUCGAGCUUGUUAUAAUAGCCAAUGCCAGAAUCCAUGUACGAUUCAAACACCAUGUGGUUCGAAUGCUCACUGUCAACCUGUUCUUCAUCGGCCCCAGUGUCGUUGUUCAUUUGGUUAUGAUGGAAAUCCUUACGAUUAUUGUAAACCAAUGACCAAAUUACCAGCAACAAGAUGUACGAAUGAUAAACAAUGUCCAUUGGGAUUUAUCUGUGAAUUGAAUAUCUGUACAAUUGGCUGUCGUGUUGAUAAAAGUUGUCCAUCAGAAUUGGCCUGCAUACACAAACAAUGUGUUGAUCCAUGUGAUUUAUCAGAUUCGUGUGGUCAGAAUACUAUCUGUACGACCGUUGGCCAUCGACCACGAUGUUCUUGCAUGGCUGGUUACACUGGCGACCCUAAUCGACAAUGUGCAGUAUCGACAAUGUUAAUCUGUGUUCAAGAUGUUGAUUGUAGUAUUGGACAGAUUUGUGAGAAAAGUAAAUGUAUCGAUGCUUGCCGAACGGAUGAUACCUGUUCAUAUGUUACAGCCUGUAUCAAUCAACGUUGUCAAGAUCCAUGCAGUGUAUACGGUGCUUGUGGCCAUAAUGAUGCUAUUUGUCAGGCUGAAAAUCAUCGUGCUGUUUGUAAAUGUUCAUCAUCAUCAAGUAUUGGUGGUGGUGAUCAAAAUGAUCAUCUAUUCAGUGCUUGUGAUCGUCAACAAAUCAUCUUACAGCCAACAGAUUGUUUAGCUGAUGAUGAUUGUGGUUUUGGAUACAUUUGUAAUCAAGGAUCUUGUAUAGAAGGAUGUCAUCAUAAUGAUCAUUGUGUGCCGAAUGAAGCCUGCAUUAAUUCUGAAUGUCGAAAUCCUUGUGAAUCACCGAAUGCUUGCGGUUUGAAUGCUGAUUGUACAACGAAUGGACAUCGUGCUGUUUGUUCUUGUCAUUCCGGUUUCAUCGGUGAUGGUGUUUCAUGUUAUCCAUUUGAAGAGAUCAAACAAUGCCAAUCCGAUCGUGAUUGCGGUCAUCGAUUGAUUUGUGGUGAACGUUCCACGUGUGUUAUUGGAUGUCGAGAUAGUUCAGGAUGUUCAGAUGAAGAAUCAUGUAUAAAUGGUAUUUGUCAAAAUCCUUGCAGUUUAUAUGGUGUUUGUGGCCGAAAUGCAAUAUGUCAAGCAAUGAAUCGUUCGGCUGUUUGUAGCUGUUCAGUUGGAUUCAAAGGAAAUCCGAAUGUUCUUUGUACGGAUGCUCCGCCACAAUGUUUCCGAGAUAAUGAAUGUGUUGUCGGUCAAAUUUGUGAAAAUAAUCAAUGUAUCUCGGGUUGUCGACAAGAUAAUAAUUGUCCUGAAGAUCGAAUUUGUGUUCAUGGAACAUGCCAAAAUCCUUGCCUUUUGCCAAAAGCAUGCGGUUUGAAUGCCGUUUGUCAACCGUUCAAUCAUCGAGCCCGAUGUGAAUGUAUCGAAAAUUUCCGUGGAAAUCCAUUCGAACAUUGUGAACCAAUUCCAGACGAUUAUUGUGAACAAGAUCAGGCUUGUUCAUUGGGUAAAAUCUGUGAAAACAACAGAUGUAUUGAUGGCUGUCGAAAUGAUGCUAAUUGUCGAUUUGAAGAAUCUUGUAUCAAUAAACAAUGUCAAAAUCCAUGCGAUUUAUUUGGUGCUUGUGGUCAAAAUGCCGUAUGUAAACCAUUGAAUCAUGAUCGAGUUUGUACCUGUGUUAGUGAUUUUACCGGAAAUCCACGAGUUUCCUGUGAACGUGUACUACCACCACCAGAAUGUUUCUCUGAUUUUGAAUGUCCCACUGAACAUAUUUGCAAAAAUCAACGUUGUACCUAUGGAUGUCGAUCAACAUUGAAUUGUCCGAAAGAUAAAACCUGUGUACAAGAAAAAUGCAUCAAUCCAUGUAAACAAAGUGGUGCUUGUGGCCGAAACGCAAUCUGUUUGGCUUCUAGUCAUGUUGCCGUUUGCAGUUGUCCUGCUGGAUUUAUUGGCGAACCGAAUUUCGAAUGCAAAGAAAUUCCACCUGAAUGUCGAACUGAUGAUGAUUGUGGUACGGAACGUAUCUGUUUGAAACAAAAAUGUAUUGUUGGAUGUCGAAUGCAUGGAAAUUGUCCGAUGGAUAAAGCCUGUGUGAAUGGUUUGUGCCAAAGUCCAUGCAAUAUCGGUGGAAUGUGUGGAGUGAAUACAAUUUGUCGUGCUGAACGCCAUGAAGCUCAAUGUUCAUGUAUGCUUUAUACUGGCGAUCCAUUGAAACAAUGUUCAAAACUUUCAGUCGAAUGUGAACAGAAUAAAGAUUGUGGUAAUGGAUAUGUUUGCGCUAAUAACGAAUGCAAAGACAUAAAUGAAUGUCUGCAGGAAAAAAUGCCUUGUGGACCUGGAGCCAGUUGUACUAAUUUACCUGGUUGGUUCAAAUGUUCUUGCCCAAUGCCUUUGGUUGGCGAUCCAUAUGGACCAUUUGGUUGUCGAUCACCACAGCCAGUUUGUCUUCAUGAUGCUGACUGUAAACCGGAUCAACGAUGCAAUCCAGUUACACAAGAAUGUUAUGAUAUCUGUUCUAGGCCCGGCGUCUGUGGUAAAGGUGCCAUUUGUAGAGGAUUUGAUUAUAAAGCUGAAUGUCUUUGUCAAAAUGGUUAUCAAGGCAACCCACAUGUUGAAUGCACGAUUCGUGAUUCAUGCGUUUCUGAUAAUGAUUGUCCGGGUAAUCUUAAAUGUCAAAUUGAUUAUUGUUCAUGUCCUAAACAUCUACAUCAAUUGGGCACAUUCUGUAUUGCUCAAAGUUUCAACUGUUCCCUUCAAAGUCCAUGUCCAUUAAAUCAAGAAUGCGUUUUUAUAAACGGUGGUAAUACUCAUCAAGGAACGUGCAUCUGUCCUCGAGGUUUUCAACUUUCAUUGGAUGGUAGUUGCAAAGAUAUUGAUGAAUGUCAACAAAACUCAAACAUCUGUGGAUCUGGUGCCAUUUGUACGAAUUUGAUUGGAAGCUAUAAAUGUUCAUGUCCAUUCGGUGGUGAUCCAUACAAUGAAGGAUGUUUGACUGAUAAUUUCCGUGAAGGAUGUUUCGUGGACAGUGAUUGUGAUGCGGACAAAGCUUGUGUGGAAACAAACUGUGUCAAUCCUUGUUUGAAAGAAAACAGCUGCGGUCAAAAUGCCAUCUGCACUGUACGAAACCAUAGAAAAGAAUGUAAUUGUAGGCCAUUGUUUUUUGGUGAUCCAUAUUCUAUCUGUCGUAAACCUGUAGAAUGUUUAUCAGACAAUAAUUGUCCAGGUAAUUUGGCCUGUAUGUCGGAUCAAAAAUGUGGCUGUCCACUUGGAUAUGAACGACAAUUGGAUUAUUGUAUAAAAUCAUCGAUCGGUUGUUCAUCGACAAAAUUAUGUAAAGGUAAUCAAGAAUGUAUCCUCACCAAAGGAAAUGGUUUCUGUGUUUGUAUGCGUGGUUUUAGGCUUUCUUCGAAUGGCGAAUGUCAAGAUAUCAACGAAUGUAUUGAACAAACAGGACUUUGUGCUGCAAAUGCCGAUUGCCAUAAUUUACCUGGAUCAUAUGAAUGUCGUUGUUAUGAAAACCAUGAUGGUGAUCCAUAUCGUGAAGGUUGUCGUUCAACACCACCACCAUUGAAAGGUUGUCUUCAGGAUAGUGAUUGUGCAUUAAACAAAAAAUGUAAUGCUCAUCUAGGAGAAUGUUAUGAUCCUUGUGUUUCAAGAGAACAUCGUCUUGGCUACAAAUGUGGUCUAAAUGCUAUUUGUAUAACGGAAAAUCAUAAUCCUGAAUGUUUUUGUCCACCUGGUGGUUAUGAAGGCGAUCCAUUUAAAUCCUGUCAUAAGAAAAUCAUCUGUGGUAUUGAUUAUCAUUGUCCAGGCAAUUUAAUUUGUUUGGACAGUAAUACUUGUGGUUGUCCACCGAAUUUCCUUCAAGAGAAUGAUUAUUGUUACAUGAAAUCAUUGAAUUGUACAACAAAUAAUCCAUGCCCUACGAAUGAAGAAUGUGUAUACACUGGAAGUUUGAAUGGUUUCUGUGUCUGUCCACAUGGCUACGAAUAUCAUCCAAGUGGUGAAUGUAUUGAUCUCAAUGAAUGUCUUCACGUUCAUUGUGGUUCCGGUGCUGUUUGUAAUAAUAAACCUGGCGGUUAUGAAUGUAGCUGUCCCCCGGAUACAGUUGGCGAUGCCUAUGUUAAAGGCUGUUUCGAAAUUGAAGGCUGUAUUUCUACAGCUGAUUGUGCUAGUGAUCGUGAAUGCGAUAUUGGCAGCAAACAAUGUAUAAGUCCAUGUUAUAUCUGUGGUCCGCAUACUGAAUGUACGGCUAUCGAUCAUCGAGCUAUUUGCAGUUGCCCACCUGGAAGAAUUGGGGAACCUUUGGAUAAAUUGGUUGGCUGUUAUGAAGAACCAGAUCUACCGAUUGAAUCACGAACCAUUCCACCGCCAUCAGAAAUAUUAGUCAUGUGUCUGGCUGAUGGUGUACAAGUCAGCGUCCAAUUGGAUCGAUUCGAUGGUCUUAUCUAUGUAAAAGGACAUAGUCAAGAUCCACAAUGCCGUCGAUUGGUCACCAGUGGUGAAGGUGAUUCUAUUGAUUUUAAAGUUUUAUUCGGUCAUUGUGGCUUGAUUCACAUCGAUGGUGAAGCAUCGUUUGUGUUGGUCAUUCAAAAACAUCCUAAACUUAUCACCUAUCGUGCUCGAGCUUAUCAUAUUAAAUGUGUUUACAAUACCGGUGAAAAGACCGUUACGUUAGGAUUCAAUGUCAGUAUGAUCACUACCUCUGGAACUAUUGCCAACACUGGUCCACCACCAACAUGUAUCAUGUCAAUCUGUACGUUGGAUGGUAAAGAAAUUAACAGCGCUGAAAUUGGUGAUGACCUUAUACUCAAAGUGGAUGUACAACCAGAUUUCAUUUACGGAGGCUUUGCUCGAAGUUGUUUUGCUAAAACUAUGGAAGAAGAAGGCGAAUUUCAAUAUGAAGUUACAGAUGAAAAUGGCUGUGCAACUGAUCCAAGUAUAUUUGGCAAUUGGGAAUAUGAUCCACAUAAAAAAUCAUUAAUGGCUCGAUUCAAUGCAUUUAAAUUUCCAAGCAGCAAUAAUCUACGAUUUCAAUGUAAUAUCCGUGUAUGUUUUGGAUCAUGUCCACCCGUUAAUUGUGAUGGUAUCGAUGCCUUUGGUCGUCGUCGUCGACGACGACGUCAAAUUGAAGUUGAUGAAGAUGAUUUCAUACUUACCGAUACAUUUAAAGAAGGUGCACUUCGUGAAGAAAUUAUGGUACAAUCGAAUGCCAUAUUGACAUUUGAAAAACAUGGUUUACAACAAUCGGAAAAUAUUGUCGAGAAUGAUUCGAUUCAUGUGGAAGAUAUUGAACAUGUUUGUUUACCAAAACUUGGUCUAAUCAUUUCAAUGAUUAUCACCACAUUAUUGGCAUUAGUUGCUGUUGCUGUUGCCAUAUCCUGUUGGCUGAUGGCUUAUCGUCGUCGUCCAAAAGGUGUUGGGCCACUGCCUCAUCCACCGGAUUUUCCAAAUCCAUUAUAUACAACACCUGAUCCAUCAUUGAUUGAACCAUUACCCGAUUAUUAUCCAUCAAUGCAACGACAUAUGUAAAAUUUAUUUUUCGUCAAAUUGUUUCAUUUAUUAUCAUACAUUUAUCGGGUUUUCGAAGCAAAAAAAAACAUUGGGCAUGUUCCUUUUGGGUAAUGGGCAAAAAAAACAAUAAUCAAUUAUAAUGGGAUGAAUCAUAAUAAUGAAUCAAAGAUUAUUAGUGCCAAAUUUUUAUUUCUCUCUCUUUAUUCAUCAUCAUCAUCAUCAUCAAAUUAAUCUGCUUAUGUAAAAUAGAUUUGCUGGUCAUUCUUCAUUUCAAUUUUUUAUUCAUUGAUUCAAUUGCUGUGUGUUGAAGGUAUUAAAUUUCUAUAUAUUUUUUGGCAGCUUACCACAAACACAAUGAAAAAGUUCUUAAUUCUUUUUUUUUUUGUUUUCUUUCAACCUGCAUAGACACAUACAACUUACUUAAUACUUUUUUUUUCAAAGAAAACAUUUGUAUUUCCUUUACAAUAUGGCAGCUAUUUCUUUUUUUUGUGUCCUAAUUAAUAAUUCACACACCUAUACACACAGAA